AUGCGCCAUGACCACACAAGUGUCCGCGGAUAUUUUGAGCGGGAGCAGCUAGGUCUCAAACGGAUUUGCACAACAUGGAUUGCCACGAAACUAUCGGAUGUGUUGAGUUCCGUCCACAAAGGCUGGUAUGGCGGCGAGAUUGAACAUCAGCGACUGGAUUCGACAGUAGAAAAUCGCACCGAAAUGAAAUUCAUCGUAGAAGCCCCUGAAGUUGACCGUACUUUUCAGCUUGGCACGUCAUACACAAUUGAUGUUGACGUUGUUGCGUCUGAUGUCGCGCCAGAGUCUACUUUCCAGCCUGACGAUAACACGGGAUCACGAGUAACCCUUGACCUGGCCAAAGCUUGGUUGGAAUCAUGUGAGACAUCACAUGCUGCUUGUCGGUCCAUGCGAGUAGCACAAUGGAGGCCGUCUCGCCUACUCCAUUGGCCUUCGAUUCCCGCUUUCCAGGACCACCUUAGUGUUCACGAAGGCGAGCGGGAAGAGUACGAUUCUAACGUGAGGUAUUUGACCCUGAGUCAUCGAUGGAUUGCAGAGAAAGAGAUGCUCCUCCAAAGGGCCAACAUGGACGAGCUCAGGCAUGGCGUAAGAUUUGAGGGACUCAAAGCAUCCAUUCGAGAUGCUAUCAAGGUCGCGAAUCAUCUUGGCUACACUUACUUAUGGGUCGAUACCCUAUGCAUUGUACAGAACGAUCCGAAGGACCUCGCCUUGCAAAUCUCGCAAAUGGACAAGGUCUACCGCAACUCAGCCUGUAAUAUCGCAGCUGCCGAUGCGAAGGACGAACAUGAAGGAUGUUUCUUUGAUCGUGGUCGAAGCGCAGUACAAACUUUUCGGGUCUACUGGGAAUGUCGAGCGCUAGAGGCCUCAGAAGCACGCCCAGAGGGCUUCGUGACAAGGGAGAUUCUCAGUUUGGGGCUGAGCUCCAUAUUCCAGAACUCGGGGCAGUUCCUCGGGGCGCAGAAGCCAUUCGACCAGUGGGAGGCAUGGAGCAACGUGGUACAAGAGUUCUCCUCCCGCGGUCUCACCUUCCAAGAAGACAAACUUUACGCUUUGGCAGGCGUCAGUGCCCUCUGGCAAACUAUGUUCAGCGACCAGCACCUUGCCGGCCACUGGCGGAGUAUGCUGCCUCUUGACCUUUUAUGGGGAACGGCCAGGGGUGCCCCAACGCGUCGGAUCGCUCGCGAGCAGUCUGUGGCACCUUCCUGGUCCUGGGCAUCAGUAGACGGCAAGGUUUCAUUGCCAGCACAGAAAUGGUUCCAACCAGAAGUUCCUGCGUGUACUGGAGAAUGCUUGGUCACGCUUGUAGCUACGGUCGGGCACAAAGACGCAGUGGGUAAUCGAAACGUGGGUGGCGAGAGUGCCGCCUUGAGACCUCAUAAGGAUAUUGUGCUUCGCCUUCAAGGCCAAGUCGCACAAGCCAAAUGGACGAGAAUAGUCGGGGAAGAUGAUAAGCCAGGUUUCCAGCUUGUGCCCCAUCAGGCGGUGCAUGAUACCACAAGCACCGCAUAUACCAAACCUGGUGGCCUUGCCUACUGGACCUCAUUGAGCUUCGACGAUGACACUCAACCACUCCCCGAGAUCAUUCACUUUAUCGCAAUCAUGAAAGGUUUCCCAUUAUACCCCGGAUAUAGUGCCACCAAUGGUCUCAUACUAACGCCUGCUGCUGACGAUGAUGACAUACGUCUCAUUCGCAUUGGCCGCUUCACGCUGGUGGACCCAGGCUAUGAUGAUCUCGAGCCGGUAGAAAAGAUCAUUGAACUUGCUUGA